AUGGAGACCGGUGCCUCCCGCGAGCCCGAGACAGCCGAAGUGCUGCCCCAGCACAAGUUCGACUGCAGGUCUCUGGAGGCCUACCUACACCAGCACUUGCCCGGCUUUGGGGCCGAGCCCGAGGCCAAGCUGACAGUUGCCCAAUCUAGAUCAGGACAGUCCAAUCCAACCUUUUAUCUCCAGAAGGGCUUUCAAGCAUAUGUACUCAGAAAAAAACCACCUGGUUCACUUCUUCCUAAAGCACAUAAGAUUGAUAGAGAAUUUAAAGUCCAGAAAACUUUGUUUUCAAUUGGAUUCCCCGUUCCCAAACCUUUAUUGUACUGCAGUGAUGCUUGUGUCAUUGGAACAGAAUUUUAUGUGAUGGAACAUGUACAGGGCUGAAUCUUUCGUGAUUUCACAAUUCCUGGAGUUAGCCCAGCAUAACGCUCAGCCAUAUAUGUGGCCAUGAUAGAAACCUUGGCUCAGUUACAUUCCUUGAAUAUACAGUCACUGCAGCUGGAAGAAUAUGGUAGAGGUGCUGGGUACUGCAAAAGACAGGUAUCAACCUGGACAAAACAAUAUCAAGGUGCAGCUCAUCAGGACAUCCCUGCCAUGAACCAACUAUCUGACUGGCUAAUGAAAAACUUGCCAGAUAAUGACAAUGAAGAAAAUUUGAUUCAUGGAGAUUUCAAACUAGAUAACAUAGUUUUCCACCCUAAAGAGUCUCGAGUUGUAGCUGUACUAGAUUGGGAGCUUUCAACCAUUGGUCAUCCUCUGUCAGACUUGGCUCAUCUCUCUGAGUUCUACUUUUGGCCAAGGACCAUUCCAUUGUUAAGUCAAAGUCCUCAUUUGCAAGAAAACAGAGGGGUACCAUCAGUGGAAGAACUGAUUUCAAUAUAUUGCCGCUACAGGGGAAUUAAUUCUAAUCUUCCUAACUAGAAUUUCUUUCUUGCCCUUUCAUAUUUUAAAAUUGCUGGAAUAGCACAGGGAGUAUAUAGUAGAUAUCUUCUGGGAAAUAAUGAAUCUGAAAGUAGCUUUCAGUUUGCCAGUAUUGCGCACCCUCUGGCAGAAACUGGAUUACAACUCUCAAAAAGAACUUUCAGUACUGCACUUCCACAGACUGAUACUACCAGACAAUUGUUUGUACAGACUAGGACAGGCCAGGAAGUUCUUACUAGGGUGAAGCAGUUCAUGAAACAACACAUCCUCCCAGCUGAAAAGGAGGUAAUUGAGUUCUAUGUUCAAAAUGAAAAUUCAGUAGACAAGUGGAAAAAACCUUUAGUGAUUGAUAAACUCAAGGAAAUGGCCAAAGCAGAAGGCCUCUGGAACUUGUUUUUGCCAGCUGUAAGCAGUCUCAGCCACGUAGACUAUGCCUUGAUUGCUGAAGAAACAGGAAAAUGCUUUUUUGCUCCAGAUGUCUUUAACUGCCAAGCACCAGAGCCCGAUGUAGCUUCAAGUGAUGCCACAAAUAUUGAAUGUAGCAUCCAGCAAGAUGGAGAUAGCUAUGUAAUUAACGGCAAGAAAUGGUGGUGCACUGGAGCUGGGAAUCCAAAGUGCAAAAUUGCAAUUGUUAUGGGAAAAAGUAGCAAUAACUGUGUAACCAGACACAAACAGCACAGCAUGAUUCUUGUUCCCAUCAACACACCUGGAGUAGAAGUAAUAAGGCCCUUGUCUGUUUUUGGCUACCUGGAUAAUUUCCAUGGUGGACAUUUUGAGAUCCAUUUUAAUCAAGUGCGAGUUCCUGCCACCAAUUUAAUACUAGGUGAAGGUAGGGGAUUUGAAAUUGCCCAAGGCUGCCUUGGACCUGGCAGAAUCCACCACUGUAUGAGAACAAUAGGUUUGGCUGAACGUGCGUUGCAGAUCAUGUGUGAACGGGCAAAACAAAGGGUGGCCUUUAAGAAGAAACUGUAUUCACAUGAGGUGGUGGCUCACUGGAUCGCUGAAAGCCACAUUGCCAUUGAAGAGAUCCGCUUGUUGACCUUGAAAGCUGCCCACAGCAUUGAUACUCUGGGCAGCUCUGGUGCUAAGAAGGAGAUUGCAAUGAUUAAAGUGGCUGCCCUUCGGGCCAUCUGCAAAAUUAUUGACCAGGCCAUCCUGUGUGGAGGUGCCGGCGUUUCCCACGAAUACCCUCUGGCUAACAUGUAUGCCCUAACGUGAACUUUGUGCUUAGCAGAUGGGCCCGAUGAAGUUCACCUCUCGGCAGUCGCAAAAAUGGAGCUGUGGGACCAAGCCAGAAGCCUGAGGGCCAAGGUGUAG